AACAGAAUAUGUUUACAUGGUCUCAUACACAAAGACUCUCUGUAUGCCAACAACAGUGCUGUCCAUAACCAGACCUUUACUACAACAUCAACUGAAACCAUAUGGGACUUCCUGACAAACAACGGCAGAGAAAUGCUGAGAAGACAAAACAGCUGUGGCUAAACUUUACAGUUACUAAUACAAACCAGAAGACUACAAGACUUUUUGACGAAGUAAGAAAAAACAGUUUCCACGGUGAUUAGAGGGGAGGAGAAAAGACCGUGCCAAACCCAGACAAAGGGAGGGGUGCAGCAGGGAGGUAAACACAGAACGAGAGGUCCCGACUGACAAGACUGUGAGGUUCUGGAGAAGCUCCAAAGCUCAUUCCAAAAUACUCGUUACACAGGAAAACUGAAAACUUAGCAAAACAAACUGAGAGCAACACACAACAUGACUGUACAGCUCUUCGAAACUUUAACAACAACUGCAUGACAGGAGAAAACUCUGCACAGACGCAAGUUCUUGGAUGCAAGUUCAUGUGAGGAGCGUUACAGGACACCCUAUAAACUACUGGAAGACAGACCGUGUUUGUGUUAUUGGCCGUGCUGCUGAUCUACAGUCAGAAUGAGCGCUUCAGAUGAAAUGAUGAAAGUCCUUCAGCAAAUCUGGAGCAAACUGCAGGCUUUUUCUCAAGACCACCCGCUCAUGCAGGCGGCCUUUCUGAUCAUGGUGCUCUUCUUCUUAACGUUCAUAACUAUGAUGAUGAUCGGAUGUCUUUAUGGUCGCUGUGGCUGUUGUCAAGGAACCAGAAACCGAGUGUCCGUUAUCUGAUCGGCCCAUUUUCAGUCAACGAAACAUGAAGAUCAAGACAAAGAUGGGCAACAGAACACAGCGGGCCAAAAUAAAGAACAAAUUGAUGAAAUUCAAUGUUUUUUAUUGUGUGAUAUAGCACACAUUACAGUGAUAAUAACCAGCCUAUAAAGGUUGUGUACAGGACGAAUACACGAAACAACGGUGAUGAUGGAAUUCAGAAGAGAUUUUCAAAUGUGGACACCAUCAACGACUUUCUUAUGGAUAGUACAAAUGCUGGCUACACUUCAAGCCUUUCCCACGGUGUUGAAUAACACAGCAUGCUGCAAGUAAAUCGCUAUAAGAACAGUGCUAACGUCUGCCCCCUGGUGUUUGCUUACAAUACUGCAGUCACUUUAUAAGAAAGAUUUAAUCAAGGAAAGAGUUCAGUCUUGUUUUCAUCUCAUAGGGGCGGUUUCCCGGAUAGGGCUUAUCCUAGUCCCAGACUAAAAUGCAUGUUUGAGCUGCCUUCAUUUAAAAACACCUUGACCUCUUCACAUAUAUCAGUGCCAUUGUUUUAUCUCAGGAUGCACAGCAGUGUUGUUUUUGUAAAGUUUGUUUGUAAAAAACUAAGGCCUAAUCCCGGAUUAAACUAAACCCAGUCCCUACAUCUCAUUUUCCAAAAUAUAGUUGAAAUAUAGCCUUGAUAACAGUAUUAAACAGUGAAUCUAUGCAUGUAAGAGAUGUGAUAUACACCAGGCAGUGUAGUGGAAAUGAAAUAUUAAUCAGGCCAUUCUGUUUGUCUAUUUGCAUGGUAAAGUAUAGGUUAAAAAUAAUUAUACAAAAACUGAUACUGGACAGACUAUGUAUAAGAUCUAUAUUACAGUAUUUAAAAGUAAACUUAUUUGUUGCAUAUAAAGUGAUGUAAGCAAUAUUAAGGUGUAGCUUGUGUGUGUGAACUCACCCUUCUUGUUCACAAAAAGCAACCAUAGCAUCAAAGUCCAGGAUGGGAGCUUUAUCCUGCUCUUUCUCGGAUCCUCGUUUCUCCUGUAAAAACAUUUUUUUAAAUAUUAACUUCAUUAAAGAAUAAAAUACAUGUAUAUUUCAAACUAAAGAUGCGUUUACAACAAGAGUGGAGUACCAUUGUAAUUUAAAAUAAAACGUUUACUUUAUAAGCUUUUCCAUUCAUCUUAAAUAAAAUGUCCAAAUCAUGA